CUGUGCAUUACUCUCGUUUUAGGACUUCGCAGCACAUUACUCUCCCUCUCUUUCUCCCCUCCCCUGCCCUGCCCGUCUCACUUGCCCCGACUCCUGUGAGUAGGGCUUUCUCUGACAUUCUCGUAUUCGUUUUUCUACGGCGCACGUUAACCCCUGCCGUCCUAUAUCGUGCGCCCUCCGAGGGUUGGUGGAGGGAGUUUCUAGGGUUUUGUUAGUUUGAUCAAUUUGUAAGAUCUGUCGAGGGUUGUUGAAGAGAUUCAUUUCCAGGGGAGAAGAACAUUAGGGUUAGGGUUUUUGAUGCUCUGGCGGAGAUCCGAAUCCGCCAAGCGAGAAAGCGUUUGGGUCGGAGCGUGCGAUGGCCAAUCCUGGGGUCGGGAGUAAGUUCGUGUCUGUGAAUCUGAACAAAUCAUAUGGUCAGCCCUCGCACCCACCUCCCUCGAGCUCAUAUGGGUCUCGUGCCCGGCCCGGUGGUCACAGCAGUGGCGGAGGAGGAGGAGGAAUGGUGGUUCUUUCGAGGCCUCGGAGUUCACAGAAGGCUGGACCGAAGCUUUCUGUUCCACCCCCCUUGAAUCUACCAUCGUUGAGGAAGGAGCAUGAGCGGUUCGAUUUGUCGGGAUCCGGCAGUGGGCAGGUUGGUGGUAGCGGUUCAGGAGGUGGGUCAAGGCCCACUCCGUCAGGUAUGGGCUGGACGAAGCCAGGGACCAUUGCUUUGAAAGACAAAGAUGGGGUUGGGGAUCAUCCGUCGAAUGGGAAAUCAGAAGGGGAAACACCGGGAGUUGGUGCUGUGGAUGGGGCUUUGAGCAGUACUGCUGAUGCGGUUACUAGAGGAAGCACUGUGUAUAUGCCUCCUUCUGCUCGGACGAGUGUGGUAGGUCUCCCUGCCUCUGCUUCAGCUCAGGCUUAUACACUGCCUCUAGAGAAAGCCGUGGUUUUGAGGGGUGAGGAUUUUCCUUCCUUGCAAGCUGCACUGCCUGUUGCUACUGGACCCACACAAAAACAGAAGGAUAGUUCCCAGCAAAAACAGAAGAAUGCAGCAGGUGAGGAAUUGCCUAUUGAUGAGGGGUACAAUUCCCAUUUGAGUUCAGUCGGUCACAUGCGCCCUCAGGUGCAAUCUUCCCGUCGAAGUGUUGGCAAUGGGCUGAAUGAAAAUGGUGGUGAAAGUCAUGGUUUGAGUAGUUAUCGCACCACAGAGCAAGCUCGGAAGCAGGAGGAGUACUUUCCAGGUCCAUUGCCUCUAGUUCGCUUGAAUCCAAGAUCUGAUUGGGCUGAUGAUGAGCGUGAUACGAGUCAUGGCUUAACAGACAGGAGCAGGGAUUAUGGGCCUUCAAAAGGUGAGGCUUAUUGGGAUAGGGAAUUUGAGAUUCCCAGGGGCAGUAUUUUCCCACACAAGCCCACCCAUAAUGUUUUUAGUAGGUGGGGUCAGCGUAAUGACGAAACUGGGAAGGUUUCUUCUGGUGACGUCGUCAAGUUGGAUCCUUAUGGUGGUAAUGUGAGAACACCAAGUAGAGAAGGGCGAGAUGGAAACUCAUGGAGAACUUCACAUUUUCAGAAGGAUGGAUAUAAUUCCCAAGAGGUUGCAGAUGAUGGAAAUGGUUCAAGUGCAAGACCAUCUAGUCAGAACCGGGAAACAUGCAAGGAGAAUAAGUUCAUUCCAUCUCCUUUUGAAGGCAAUGCCUGGGACGAUUCUAGCAAUGGAGUGACUGGUAACUGGGACUCGGCAUUCAGAAGGAAGGAUAUGAGUUAUGGACAAGGUGGCAGACAGCACUGGAACCACACAAUGGAAUCACGUAGCAGCCGAGGGUCUGGGACUGAAAAGAAUACAAGAUAUAGCAGUGAGCAGAGCAAUAGAUACAGAGGUGAUGCUUUCCAGAACAGCUCAGGGUCUAAAUCUUCAUUUUCUUUGGGUGUGAAAGGGCCUUCUAUGAACUACCCUGUUCCUAGUUUUGGUAGGGAGAAGCGUCCACUGUCAAAAAGUGAAAAUCCCUAUAUAGAGGACCCAUUCCUGAAAGACUUUGGUGGUGCUGGUUUUGAGGGACGGGACCCCUUCUCAGGGGGUAUUGUAGGGGUAGUUAAGAAGAAGAGAGAUGUGCUUAAACAGGCUGAUUUCCAUGACCCUGUUAGGGAAUCUUUUGAGGCUGAACUAGAGAGAGUUCAGAAGAUGCAAGAACAGGAGAGACAGCGGAUUAUUGAAGAACAAGAACGAGCUUUAGAACUAGCUAGGAGAGAAGAAGAGGAGAGAUUACGGCGAGUGAGGGAACAGGAAGAAAGGCAAAGAAGGUUGGAAGAAGAAGCCAGAGAAGUUGCUUGGAGAGCAGAACAAGAGCGAUUGGAAGUCAUGCGUAGAGCCGAAGAGCAGAGAAUAGCUAGAGAAGAGGAAAAAAGGAGGGUUGUUAUGGAGGAAGAGCGGAGAAAACAGGCUGCUAAGCAGAAGCUUCUAGAAUUGGAGGCAAGGAUGGCUAAGAGGCAGGCUGAAGAAGCAAAAUAUGAUGGCCUUUCUGCUGUUGCUACAGAUGACCAUAGCUCAGGGAUUGUGAAAGAAAAAGACGUAUCUAGGGCAGUAGAUUUAGGUGACUGGGAGGAUGGUGAAAGAAUGGUGGAGAGGAUCACAACUUCAGCAUCUUCUGAUUCCUCCAGUAUAAACAGAUCCUUUGAGGUGGGUUCCAAGCCUCACAUUUCUAAAGACGGUUCUUCCCCCUUUACAGACAGAGGGAAACCUGUCAAUUCAUGGAGGAGGGAUGUAUUUGAGAAUGGGAACAACUCAGUAUUCCCGCUUCAGGACCAGGAGAAUGGCCACCACAGUCCAAGACGAGAUGCAUCUCUUGGUGGGAGAGGAUUUCCUAGGAAAGAUUUCAGUGGUGGGGGUGGAUUUAUGCCUUCAAGGGCUUAUUAUAGAGGGGGUACUCCAGAUUCUCAUGGGGAUGACUUCACUCAUUUUAAAGGGCAGAGGUGGAACACUUCUGGGGAUGGAGACCAUCAUACCAGAAACAUAGAGAAUGACUCAGAGUUUCAUGAUAAUUUUGUUGAAAAUUUUAGUGAUGGUGGAUGGGGCCAGGGCCGUUCUCGUGGCAAUUCCCAUUCUAUGUAUUUGGAACAGCCUUAUCAGAAUUCUGAGGUGGAUGGUCUUUAUUCCUUCGGAGGUAGGUCGCGGUAUUCCACGAGACAGCCUCGGGUUCUCCCCCCUCCAUCGCUAGCUUCUAUGAACAAAAUGCCCUUCAGAAGCGAGAAUGAACAUUCAGGUCCCUCAACAUCACUAGACAGUGAGAUGCAGUAUAAUCAUGCAGCAAGAAAUGAACCUCCUGUGCAGACAAAUUAUGAUGGCGGUUAUCAAGAGCGGCUUGAACAAUCUGAAUUAAUCGACAUACACCGUGAUAAUACUGAGGCUGAUGACAACAAAUUGGAUAGGAACAGUACACCAAGGUGUGACUCACAAUCUUCACUAUCAGUUUCAAGCCCCCCUAAUUCUCCAGCACACCUCUCUCAUGAUGAUAUGGAUGAAUCUGGGGACUCACAAAUGUUGUCAGCUGCUACAGACGGUGAAGACAUUGCCGUGUCAGCGAAUGAAUCUGUUGUCUUGAAAACUGAAGCUAGGAAAGAGAACAGGAUGAGAGCCUCAAGCUCUAUUUCCACCGCUGAUGAUGAAGAAUGGACUAUUGAAAACAGUGAACGGUUGCAGGAGCAAGAAGAAUAUGAUGAAUAUGAGGAAGGUUAUCAGGAAGAAGAUGAAGUACAGGGAGAUGAUGAAAAUAUUGACCUGACCCAGGAGUUUGAAGAUAUGCAUUUAGAGGAGAGUGGCUCACCUGACAUGACAGACAACUUGGUCUUAGGCUUUGACGAGGGUGUUGAAGUCAGAAUUCCAAGUGACGAGUGUGAGAGAACUUCAAGAAAUGAAGAAAGUGCAUUUCUAACGCCACAGGUUUCUGUUGGCGCAGUUGAAGUACAGGGAUCUUCAUUUGAUGGAAUGUUUGGUAGUGGACAAAUUCUUCAACCUGUGAAUAGUUCUUCACAAGUUAGUAUUGAUAAUUCUGUGAGAAAGAUCCAGGAAACUGGAAAUGCAGUGCAAGAAUUGGUUAUUCAGCCUAUAGAUGCUCCUCAUACCUCAGUAGCAUCUGAUCUUUUAAAUUCUGGGGAUGUUUCUGGUAGUACUGGUAUGUCUGCACAGCCUCCAGGCCCAUCUUCUGCUAAAACGGCCUUGCAUUCAUCAUCUGGUCAAACUGUUGCAUCUGCUGUAUCUUCUGCUUCUAGUCAAGCUGACUUACCUGUUAAGCUUCAGUUUGGUCUGUUCUCUGGUCCUUCUUUGAUACCAUCUCCUGUUCCAGCAAUACAAAUUGGUUCUAUACAGAUGCCUCUCCAUUUACAUCCCCAGGUUGGUCCAUCUCUUACUCAUAUACAUCCAUCACAACCUCCUCUCUUCCAGUUCGGUCAGCUCAGAUAUGCAUCUCCAAUCUCUCAGGGGAUUCUGCCACUGGCGCCUCAGUCUAUGUCCUAUGUUCAGCCGAAUGUUCCUGCCCAUUUUGCUAUGAAUCAGAACCAAGGACGUCCUCUGCCUAUUCAACCUGGUCAAGAUACUUCUAGUCAUGAUCUUUUGAAAGAUGAUGUUGCGUGUUCAUCAAAGGAUAGCCAGUCAGGCAGUGUUCCGAGGCAAUUAGGUCUACCCCGGGAGAACAUUUCAAAAGAGAAAAAUGCAUUGCUAGUAAGAGAACAUGCAGAAAACAAUGCUCUGGUGCAUCAGGGCCAAGCAGAGAUUUCUCACAUUGGUGGAAACAAUGCAAGGUCUGAGUCAAGUUCCCGUGUGGAGGACCGAGGGCACCAUGACAUAAUUGUCAACAACUAUGCCUUCUUAUCUAGCAAUAAAGAAUCAGAAAGCCAGUUACAAGCUGAAACAUCAUCUUCUAUCUCCAUUUUGAGGGGGAGAGAUUUAAGUGGGUCAAGGGCUCAAGGCCUGAUACCGGGUGGCAAAGGAAAGAAGUUCUUUAAUGUUAGAAAUUCUGGCUCAAGAUCAUUGUUUCCAGAGGCAUCUCGUGCGGAUUCUAGUGGAUUUCAGCGGAGGCAUAGGCGUAAUAUCCCACGAACUGAGUUUCGGGUCCGGGAGAAUGCUGAUAGGAGGCAGUCGUCAGGCUUGGUUUCAUCUAAUCACUCUGGGCUAGAUGACAAGUCUAAGUCCAAUGGAAGGGUUGCUGGAUUUUAUGUGAGGAAUGGGCCCAAGAAAGGUACUGUGUUGAAUAAACUGCCAAAGCAGACUUUUGAAUCAGAAUAUUUGAGCUCAGGUCCAACCAGCUUGCGGGAGAUUGAUUCUGAUAGCAAGGUUGAGAAGGGAGUUGGAAAAGAAGUAUCAAAGAGUCAGAACACAUCACAGCGUGGAGAGGGAAAUCUGAAAAGGAACCUUUGUUCUGAGGAGGACGUUGAUGCUCCUAUGCAGAGUGGCAUUGUGCGUGUUUUUGAACAACCUGGCAUAGAAGUGCCUAGCGAUGAAGAUGAUUUCAUUGAGGUGAGGUCAAAGAGACAGAUGCUGAAUGAUCGUCGUGAACAGAGAGAAAAAGAAAUCAAGGCCAAAUCUCGAGUUCCGAAGAUGCCACGGAAAAUGCGUUCUUCACAAAGUACGAUGAUUGCAAGCAGCUCAAGUAAAAUUUCUUCGUCAGUGAGUGGGGAAACUGCAAACAGCAUUCGCUCUGAUUUUGUUGGCACUGACGGUCGGGGCUUAGCAAAUACAGAAGUAUCAGCAGGAUUUAACACCAGUGUUGUGUCCCAACCGUUGGCUCCAAUUGGCACUCCUCCUGUGAAUACUGAUGCCCAUGCUGAUAUAAGAUCCCAAACUACUAAGUCCCUUCCGACAACCUCUCUUGGCGGGAAAAAUCUGGGGUCAGGCUUAAUAUUUGAAACCAAGAAUAAGGCCCUGGAUAAUGUUCAAACAUCUUUGGGUUCUUGGGGCAACACACGGAUUAAUCAACAGGUUAUGGCUCUAACACAAAGCCAACUUGAUGAGGCUAUGAAGCCUGGGCGAUUUGAAAAACACGUUGCUUCUAUUGGAGAUCACCCUGGCUCUGUUACUGAGCCCAGCAUGUCUUCAUCCAUCUUGGCGAAGGAGAAAUCAUUUUCUUCUGUGACGAGCCCAAUCAAUUCUUUGCUUGCUGGGGAGAAAAUUCAAUUUGGUGCAGUUACAUCUCCAACAAUUCUGCCUCCUAGCAGCCGUGCUGUUUCACAUGGUAUUGGACCUCCCAGUCUUUCUGCUGCUGAGAAUGAUUGCACACUUUUAGAUGAAUCUUGUGUUCAUUUAGAAGAUUGUGAGGCAGAAGCUGAAGCAGCUGCUUCAGCUGUUGCUGUUGCAGCCAUCAGUAGUGAUGAGAUUGUUGGCAAUGGGCUGGGUACAUGCUCUGUAUCUGUUUCUGAUAGCAAAAGUUUUGGAGGUGCAGAUAUUGAUGUGAUAACAACUGCAGGUAUGGCUGGGGAUCAGCAAUUAUCCAGUCAAUCAAGGGCCGAAGAGUCUUUGAGUGUUUCUCUUCCUGCAGAUCUUUCUGUUGAGACCCCACCCAUCUCUCUGUGGCCCCCUUUACCAAGCCCUCAGAAUUCUUCAAGCCAGAUGCUUUCACAUUUCCCAGGAGGCCCACCUUCCCAUUUUCCCUUCUAUGACAUGAAUCCCAUGUUGGGGGGUCCCAUCUUUGCCUUUGGACCACAUGAGGAGUCUGCUGGUACUCAAUCGCAGGCUCAAAAAAGUAGUACAUCAGGUUCAGGGUCACUUGGAGCCUGGCAACACCAUUCUGGUGUUGAUUCAUUCUAUGGGCCUCCUGCAGGGUUCACUGGCCCUUUCAUCGGCCCACCUGGAGGUAUUCCAGGGGUUCAAGGCCCGCCACACAUGGUUGUUUACAACCAUUUUGCUCCAGUUGGACAAUUUGGACAGGUUGGUUUGAGUUUCAUGGGUACCACAUAUAUUCCGUCUGGGAAGCAGCCUGAUUGGAAGCAUAAUCCUGCUUCUUCAGCCAUGGGUGUUGCAGAGGGGGAUUUGAACAGUAUGACUAUGGUUUCUGCACCGCGCAAUCCCAAUGUCCCGGCUCCCAUCCAACACCUUGCCCCUGGGUCCCCACUCCUGCCCAUGGCAUCUCCUUUGGCCAUGUUUGAUGUUUCCCCUUUCCAGUCUUCUCCUGACAUGCCAGUCCAGGCUCGCUGGUCCCAUGUCCCAGCAUCGCCUCUUCACUCUGUUCCUCUAUCGAUGGCAUUACAGCAGCAGCCAGAUGGUGUGCUGCCUUCUCAAUUCAGCCAUGGGCCUCCUGUAGACCAGUCUUUAACUGUCAAUAGGUUUUCUGACUCUCGAACUUCAACACCUUCUGACAGUGGCCGGAGUUUUCCUGUGGCUGCAGAUGCAACUGUGACCCAAUUUCCCGAUGAACUAGGGUUAGUAGACCCAUCAAGCUCCCCCGGUGCUGUGGAUUCCUCACAGGUUGCUGUUACCAAGAGCUCACCUGCGAGCAUUGUGGCAAAUGGUUGCAAAGCUCUGCCUCGAAAUAGCAGUGGCAGUAACGGUAGCAGCCAGACUGCAAGUUCUACUUUCAAGACCCAGUCUUCCCAGCAGAAGAAUAUAUCUGCUCAGCAAUACGGUCAUCCCACAGCAUACAAUUAUCAGAGAGGUGGGGUCUCACAGAACAAUUCCAGGGGUGAAUGGUCCCAUCGUAGAAUGGGAUUUCAAGGAAGGAGCCAAUCUGUGGGUGCAGAGAAGAGCUUCCCCCCUGCAAGGGUGAAACAAAUUUAUGUGGCGAAACAACCCACCGGUGGGUCAUCAACUGUGGCAUGAGGAGCAUAGAUGGAGCUUUGGACUGCAUAUGAAUGCAUAAAUCAGGAUUGAAGCCACUGCUUAUAGUUUGUGGCAGGGCAUUAUUGCAUUUGUGGGUAUGUUCAGCUUUGGGAGUUGUAUGGGAACGGGUAAUUAUGAGUAAAUAAUGCUGGUUUUGGUAAGUGAAGAUUGCACAACUGGUUGGUGACAGCAGUUUUGGAUUGAAUAUGUGAAGGGUUUUAGCGAGGAAAGUUUGAAAUUAGCAUGCUAGUUUGAUUGCUGGGCUGAGAUUUGAAGUGUUGAGCACUUAAAAAUAGUGUGCCCCCAUUGUUUGUUCUCUUUUUGUUGGUAGCAAACUUGGUUCUCCCCCACUUUUCCCCACGGGGCUGAUGUAUUAUUAGAAUUAUUUUUGAAGUCCAGCACCUAUUGUUAUAUUCGUUUGUUCCUAUAUGUUGUUAUUCAAGUACUGAUGUGGAAGCCCAAAAUAACCCCGUGAGUAUCUUUGGAGAGAUGUUCAACAAAGACUAUAUAUGAAUCAACAGAGUUCUU